AUGUGGUACAGGGACAGGAGGAGGAGGGAAGGCGGGAGAAUCCCAGGCCGGGCGAGGAAACAGUCGAGUCAACACUCUGUAGGCAUUCGCUGUACCGCAGUGUCGUCCUGCCGCCCCAUCCGACACAGAGGGCUGCAGUACUGCAAAGCUCUCCAGCCCGGUCACACGGUGAAUUAUCAGCAGACCCGUCUACGUGUGUCGGUGUUGCGGUACUUUGCUGACGACUUGCAGUAUAAAUGCAUCGCUAGAAGGUCUGCCCCAGAUGCCGCCGCCCCCGGUGCUCCAGGAGCCCCUGGUGCAGAUGGAGCCCCAGCCGGCCCACCUGCAGGCCCACCCAACACCACCAGCAACCGCAGGCUACAGCAGACACAGGCCCAAGUUGAGGAGGUGGUGGAUAUCAUGCGGGUGAAUGUGGACAAGGUUUUGGAAAGGGACCAGAAGCUCUCAGAGCUGGAUGACAGAGCGGACGCCCUCCAAGCCGGAGCCUCCCAAUUUGAAAGCUGUGCAGCCAAGCUAAAGAACAAGUACUGGUGGAAGAACUGCAAGAUGAUGAUCAUGAUGGGCAUCAUUGGAGUCAUUGUGGUUGGAAUAAUAUUCUUGUACUUCUUCUACUGAGCUCAGCCCAUCAAUACAGAUGGAUAUGGACUUGAGAAUGACAUGAGAGGGAAGAGAAAAAAAAAAAGCAAGCGCCACUCCUACCCCUUUUAUCCGUCCUCUCCUCCCUCUCUUCACACAGUCUUCCAUC